AUGCCCGCCCACUCCGGCCGCUCGUCGCACUCGCUCCCCCGCCACGGCCCCUGCUCGCCGCUUCACCGCGGGCAGCGCACCGCCCCGGCCACGGCCUCGCCCCGGGCACCGCUCGCGCCGACGGCGCCCCUCACCUGCGCCUCGCCGUUCCUCACCGUGGUCUGCGCCCUUCCGCGUGCACCGGCCCGUGCCGCCACCGCAGCCACUGCUCGCCGCCUGGCGCCCGCGCAGCUCCGGCCCUUUCCGUCUCUGGCCGCAACCACCUCCACCGCCCUCUCGCGCGACCCCCGCCGACCUCUGCGGCAGUUCGCCACUCGGCCGAGCUCGCCGGUGCCGUUCCUGGCCGGCCUCUCUGCGGCCCUGGUGGUCGCCCGACGCCGGCGCCCAUCAGUGCCCGCUCGACCCUCAUACGGGUCGGGCGUCGGCAACGCUCCAGCACCCGAUUGGCCGGUGCUGCCAGCUGGCGUCAAGUUCGAUCCCACGGAUCAGGAGCUGAUCGAGCACCUUGAGGCCAAAGUGAGUGCUGACAGCGCGAGAUCUCACCCUCUCAUCGAUUUGUUCAUACCAACCAUCGACAGCGAGCACGGCAUAUGCUACACCCAUCCUGAGAAACCCCUAGGUAUCACACUGAGUGGUCUAAGCAAGCAUUUCUUCCAGCGCAAUUCUAGGGCGUUCAAAAGGGGCACGUGGAUGUGUUACAAGAUACAGUCGGAGUGCGGCAUGCACGCGAUGUGGCACAAGACCGGAAAUACCUUGCUGCUGAUGGUCAAUGGUCGGCAGACGGGUAGCAAAAAACUUCUGGUGCUGCACACCACCAAGAACUUCGACCAUUCCCACAAAAAAAGGAACUUUGAACAGCAGAGGACCAAUUGGGUGAUGCACCAAUACCACCUCGUGGACCUGGAGCAAGAGAAGGAGCGGGAGCUGGUCCUUUGCAAGAUUUUC